UUCAACUAAAAAAAAUAAAGCUAACAAAUGUAAGCGGAAGUUUAAUUGAAAUAAGUAAUUAAUAAGUCAUUAGUGUGUUUAAUAAGUGUUAAUAAAAAUAAUAUGAUCAGUGACAACUCAAAGAACAAUCGUCAGGCUUGAAUCCGAUAAAUACCACAUUGCGCUCGCAAAGAUGAACUCGGAAUCGGACGAUCUGGAGGACACGCACCUGUGCAUCAAGUGCAAUGCGACGAUUGUGGGUCUGCGCAAAUACAUAGAUCAUCGCAAGCAGAAUUGUCUGAGCAUUGCCGGCAACGAGCGCAAGGAGAAGCCAAUGGUGGCCAGGACAACGACAGCUUCUGGUGCGGAGCAUGCGGCGUCUGCAAUCAUAAGUCGCGCCAAUUUGGAGCACAGCUACGAUGGCUUUCACUUCGCAGAGCCGGAGGCGCCGAGCAGUUACUUGCGCAAGACGACGGCCAGCCAUGGGGGCAAGACGUCCAAGGCCCUGACCGAGGCUUAUGAUCCUACCUACGAGCUGGGCGCUGAUGUCUUCUUUUCCUCACUGCAGCUGCAGAGCGUCUCGACGGGCGGCAAGACGGGUGCACGGCCCGAACGUGGCGCCAAGGAGGAGCACAACUGGCAUUCAUCCAGCAACUGCUCCGAUCCACUGCUGAAGGCGGUGCGGGAACAUGAGGAAUCCGACUUUAAGCCGCUUAAGUUCGUGCACUCACCAGAGGCGAGCGAGGAAGAGGAGGAUGACGAGGAGCCCGACGACUUUGAUGGCGAUGAUGACGAAGCAGAUCAGAUGCACGAGCAGGAGCAGGAGCAGGACCAAGAACAUGAUCACGAUCCUGAUCCCGAUGAAGAUUACGAUGGGCGACGCCACUCGCCGCCGACUGUGCCUGCCACGCACACAGGUGGCAAGUGGAAGCCGGAGCACCGACCACAGCUGCGCCACACGCAUCUGGAACGCAUCUCGCCCAGCUGGGAUGAGCCGCCCGAGGAUGCGCACGACCAUCCACCCGCCGAGCACACGCACGGCAAGUGGGUGCCGGGCAGCAAGCAGCUGGAGUAUCGGGAAAACAUUGAUCUGACCAAGCUGCAGCAGCCGGACGCCAGCUACUGGUGCAACAUCUGUUGUCGCCGGCUCAAGACGCGCCUCAACUACGAUCAGCAUCUGCGCAGCGGCUACCAUCUGCGGCGCGCGGAUGCUGAGUGCCAAUUGGAGCAGGCCAACCUCGAGUCCGCCAAUCUGACGCUCAACAAGAACUUUGCCCAGCCGCCGGCUCCUGCCACGGAGCAACUGCAUCGACGUCGUCGUCGUCGUGCCAAUCUCUUGCGCUGCGAACUGUGCCGCCACAGCAUGGCGCGCCAUCUCAUGGGCAAGCACCUGAUCUCCCACUAUCACUAUCGACGCCUGCAGCAGCAGCAGCAGCUGCGCAGCCAGAGCUCGCUGCACGCCAUCCUGGAGCACAUGGGCAGCAUUGUGCGACAGGCGCCCUUCCAGUGCCUGCCCUGUCGAUUCUAUGCCAACACAGAGCAAACUUUUCAGGCUCAUUGGCGCUCGUCUGCUCAUGUGGAGCUGACCGAGCGACUUGGCGGCACUUUCUGGUGCAGCUACUGCCAGUUCGAGUGCGACAGCAACGAGGAGAUGUGGCAGCAUCUGCUGGGCAACACGCACAAGGAAGUGCUCUUUGCGAUCAAUCGAUCGGUGCCCGUUUGCAUUGCUCAGCGGCGUCUUCUGAGCUGCUCCGAGUGCAGCGCCAGCUUUCUCUACAAUCUGCAGCUGCGGCGGCAUUUCGCCUCGGAACAUGCGGGAGUCGUGGCCACGGGCAGCGCCUCGGACGAGUACCAGUGUCGCUUCCGCUGCCAGAUUUGCGGAGCUGCCCAAAGAUCGCGCGUGGCACUGCAGCGCCACGAGAAGCACAAACAUCGUCUGGCCAAAUAUUAUUGCGCCCUUUGUCAUCUGGAGUUCGAGACGCCGCUGGCUGCUCGCCGGCAUCGCAAUCUCAUGCAGCACAAGCAGCAUGCGAAUCGUCGGAGCAGUCGCAAACGCAGCAGCCCCAAGCAACCGCCGCCCGAAAUGGAAAUUGAGCACAUGCUGCGCGAGGUGCUGGAGGAUGAGGCUGCGCAGCCGACGACGAGCUCCAAGGAGCGGCGUGCGAGCAGCCAAUGUGUGAGCUGUCAGCUGAGCUUUGAGACGUCCCAAGCGCUGAUUCAGCAUCGCAGCGAAGCACAUCCCAUGGACAAUCAUGCCUGUCUCAGCUGUGGCGGCAGCUUCCAGUCGGCCCAGGCGCUGGGGCGGCACACGCGCAGCUGCCAGCCCAUUGCCUCGACCUCGGCGGCUGCGUCGGCUCGUUCAGUGUCGCUCGCGAAGUCCUGGCACUGCGAUCAGUGCGGCUUCAGUGCGCAAUACGAAUCAGAUCUGCUCUAUCAUCGCUUCUUUCACACACGCGGCUCCUCCAUUGGCAAGGACGAGCUGCUGCAGUGCCCGCUCUGCCCCAAGCAAUUCCGCAAGCACUCGCUGCGUGCCCAUCUGCGCAAUCACACGAACGAACGCAUCUUCGAGUGUGCCGAGUGCCUCUCCAAGUUCGCCAGGCGACACAAUCUGAAGAACCACAUGGCCACCAUGCAUGGCCAGCGGGCACAGACGAAGCCAGACGGCGCCCAGACAACAGCUAAGCAGACCACGACAAAGACGACGACAACGAAGCCCAAGCAGAAGUUUCAAUGUGGCACUUGCGGCAAAAUAUUGGCCAAAAAAUAUUCACUUAAACUGCACGAGAUGAGCCAUGCCACGCCGAAGCGGCAAUUCCCUUGCCCCCACAAGGACUGCUCCUUCGCCGGUCUCACGCCGGAGGGCCUCAAAAUCCAUCUGAAGUCCCACUCACAGGGCACGCACAAAUGUGAACGCGAGAACUGCAGCUACGUGGGCAAGAGUGAGCUGCACCUGAAGCGGCACCUCAAAUCGCAUUCGAGUGACCUAGAGCUGGCUGAGAGUGGCAAAUGGUUCGCGUGCGAUCAGUGCGAGUUCAAAGCGCGAGUCAAAGGUCACCUCAAUCGUCACAUGCGCCGACAUACCGGAGAGAAGCCCCAUAAAUGUCCCCAUUGCGACUUCCAGUGCAGCAGCUUCGACAAUCUGCGCAAACACAUCGUAAAGACAGGAAAACAUCCAGGCAAGUUCAUCUACGAGUGUUCGACCUGUACAGCUUUUAAGGGCAACAGCUUUAAGGACUAUCAGAUGCAUUUGAGCACCCAUAAGACGGAAAAUCCAUGAGGCUUCAGGGAUUCAGUAAAUUUUAUAAAGG